AUGUCUGAUACCCUAUCAUCUCUAUCACUUGGAGAUGAAUUUGAUGUAAACAAAGUAUCUGAAAACAACACUUCUGAAUUAGAGUUGUCUGACUCUUCACAGGAGUCUGGAAAGGUGGUUUGUAAAAGAAGACACUCAAGAGAGGAGCCUGACCCUCAAGAAAGGACGGCCAUCAAGAAAGCUAGAACUGAGGGUAUUCUUCCAAAUUGUGUGGACUACAAUAAAUGUAUGCAGCAAAUAAGAGAACAAUAUUUUUCAAAGAUUCCAGAGUUAUAUAUGUAUGGUUUUAAAUUCAAAACACCUUUUAAACUUGAAUUGAAAAAUAAGUCAGAUUAUCCUAAACUUAAGCAAGCCCUGAAUAGGUGUGUUCAGAUGGAUGCUGAAGCUGAUGAGACUAAUGUUAAUGAGGACAAUUUGAGUACUGACCAGACCAAAAUAACACACUGUUCAGGAACUGAUAAACUUGAGACAAAUGAGAACAUUCCUUCUACAUUGGCUUCAUGUACAAAUAUAACACAUGUAGAUACAGAUAUAGAAGGCCAUGAAUCACUCCAGAACUUUGAAAGCAUAACAAACAGAGCAAGGGAAGAAACUAAUGAAAAGGAAAAACGCACAAGUUCUGAUGUAACUGAAGCCAAACAGAGUGAUAAGGGUAUAAUAAAUGAAAGAACAAGUGAAUUAGACAAGAAUAAAGAAGAUACUUCAAAAUUAAGUAAAGCCAAACAGGCAGUUGACAAUAGACAAAACAAUAAAACAACACUUAAUGACAACAGAAAUUACAGUGGUAAAGAGGGCUACAGUAUACAUGUAAUAAAAAACAGUCAGUAUUCAGAUAUCUCUGAAGAUGAGGAUGAUUCACCUAUCCUAAAAGGCUGCCACACUGACACUCCACCACCAGAAUUUAACCAUCCUGAGAGUUACUGCAAUACCCAAGCUAAAGGUGAAACCUCUUACAAUCCAAAGAAAGGCAAAGAAAGAAAGAAAAGUGGAAGUAAUGCUAGAUCAUCAGUUUGUAAAGAUACACCACAAGAAAUAGACAAAACCACAACAGAACCAGCACCCAGCAACAGUAUAAAUGGUGCAAGACCUCUUCUAAAUGAAAACAUACUGAGACAAUUAAGUAUUGAAGAUUUAAAAACAUUGCUAAAAAAUAUAUUGCAUAAUUAUCCUUAUGGGGUUGAAAAGGGACCAGCCAAACCACCACAACUUGCAAAUGAAAACAAAUUAACAGAUAUGACAAAACUUCCCAAAUUUACAGACAUUGAACAAACGAACAGUCAAAAUGAAUUGAACCAGUCAUCAAGAUGGGAAAGAGAUGAUCAUGAAGAGGUCAGACUAAAGUUAAACGAAAAACUUAAAAUGAAAAUGAAGUCAGAAGAGAAGUAUGCCUCAAAGGAACAGUCCAGUGUAGUGAGAAUUGUUGAACGAGUAAAGACCAAGGUGCCUGAUCCUUAUUUUGAUAGAGUUUCUGCAAUAGAGGAGGAAGAUCCAGAAGCUACUUUGUGGUAUGGGUUUGAUGGUGCUGGUGGAAUAAUUGUGAAAGAUGACAACACAGAUGCUUACAGCUGUAUACCUCCAGAUUAAUGUCACUCUAAAUUUAGAAAAGGCAGUUUUAGUUAAGAAAUAAUAUAUCCUAAACAGUGAUUUGUCAUUGUAUAAAAUCAUUGUUUGGAGUUUAGAUGUUAGGGAAUUAUUUCACAAGUGCUCAGCCUGUGUGAUGUAAUAUAAUGUAUCUAAAAGGCAAUGAUUUUGUUCAAGAGCAAAUCAAGGUUUGAGAUAUAUAAUUUCUGUUUUAAGAUGUUAUCAAAGAUUAUUAUAUGCUUCCUUGACGACAUUCAUUGUGUUUUGUAACCACAUCUCUGUUUUGCUGAACACGAAAGAAUAAUUUCAAUUUGUUCCCAAGUGAAAUUUUAUCCGAAAUUCAGUUGCUAGACGGAUACCCAUUCUCACCAAGCAAACGUUUGAAGUGAAUUAAAUACACACGCCAUAACGCCGCUUGGCAGAAAAAAUAGGCAAUACCAUUUCAUCUACCGUUGAUUUUAUUCCAUGAAAGUUCAUUUCAGAUGCAAUAUUCCAUGAUGUAAGUGCAGAGAGCUAAAAUCCUGAACAAAUGCUUUGCACGAGUCAUUUUCCGUUUUCUACGAGCGUUUCCGUUAUAAAAACAUUUUUGUGGUAAUUGCAAAUCUAUACAUUAGUGACAUGGUCUCAUUUACCUAUUAAGAGUGCGUUUAUAAAAAUAUUGGCGUAAAUGUCUUUUAGCAGUUAUUCUAAAAAACAAGAUGGCGUCAUUUUGAAGAAAAACAUUUUUAAAAAGAAGUCUGGCAAAACAGCAAAAUUUGGUCCACCCCUAUUUUUGCACUAAAUAUUUCGCAUAAUGGUAAGACAAAAGUUGUUAAUAAAUUAUGGCAUGAUAAAUAGAAUAAUAGGUUACUGUCUUUUGAGAAAGGGAUUUCUCAGACUUGGCUAGAUAUGGUCCGGAAGGAGCUCGGCAAGCCUCGCUCCUUCCAGGACCAUAUCUAGCCUCAUCUGAGAAACCCUUUCUCAAAAGACAGUAAACUGUUAUUCUGUGUCUGGGCCAUAACUUUGACAUGUAUAAAUUAAUGUUUUCUCAUAUUUCCUUACCAUUUUAAAAAUGAAAUGUUGUUAAAAUUGAAGUUAAAUACAUGUACUUAUUUAUAUUUAUAAAUGUUAUAAACUAUCAACAACUGUAGAGUUUAUUGUACCCAAAUUUUAAUUCAAACAUUGUGUGUUAUAACAUAAUGUAUACCAGAAUAUAGUACAAUAUUGUAUCAUUUACAGAUAUCUGAUCAUUAGGUUAUACUGCAAGUUGAGAUGAUUAAUCACCUUCCAGUAAGAGACUUUUUAUUGCAUCGCUAAACUUCAUUCACUUGUUUUUCAUGUUAAAUCCCAUUUUUGAUAUUUUUAUAUGUACUUUUCAUAUAUUAAAAGUAUUUGAUUAACAUUGUAGAAAGUAUUAUUGAAUCCAUUGUUUCAGUUACCUCCCUGUAUGGUUUCUGACUAUAAGGUCAUAUGUAAUAUUGAAAAGUGUUUUUCAAACCAUUUGAUUAUUCAUGUUUUCAAUUUAGACAGAUGCUUGAUCUGUUUUUAACGCAACACCAAAAGUUUGUAAAAAUUUGCUUUCACAAAGUAAAAAUGCUUCCAGUUUUGAGAUCCCAACUUAAACAGUUUACUUCUGAGCUUAUGACUGUGUGAUAAUAAUUUUAUAAUGAUAUUUUAUUUAACUCAUGGGCCACCUUUCAGUCGGUCCAUCAGUGAGUAGACCAUUUGGUUUUUGAUAAAUAACUGGAGGGUAUGACUGAAUAGCAAAGUCUAGUAGAUUUCGCGAAAUCUAAUCAAAUUAGCGAAAUCUAGACAUAAAAUUUAAACUAAUGAAUAUUUUUAAAAAUCGUUUUAAGCUUUUAUUAAAGCACAACAGUCAAACUUCAUAGGAUGUGGUCAGUAGAUGAUUCCUUGUUUUACGGGCAUUGAUUUAGUUGUCAGUAGGUGAAAGGGCAAUGUCACAGUGACCUGGAGACUGAAAAUAGUUCCCUUUGAAUAACUAAAGAACAGUUUGGUCUACAGUCAACAAACUUCAUACGAUGGUCAAGGUCACAUUGAAAUUUACACUAAAAGCAGUUUUUUACUACUAAAGAAUGCCUUGUGUUGCAGAUAUCAACUACUUGUUGUCAGUAGAUGACCCCUAUUGUUUUUGAGGGCAGUAGGUCAAAGGCCAAGAUCACAUUGAUCUGAAGAAUGAAAACGAUUUUUGCUUGACAACUAAAGAACUAAAGCCUAAUGCUUUUAACGUUGUUAAAUAACAGAUGUUCCCUUAUGUUUUAGGGGCCAGAGGUCAAGGUCACAGCAUACAAAAUUACAUACUCAGUUGCCUUUGACAGACCCUCAUUGGAGGUGAGGGGUGGGGGUAUUUUUUUUUUUUUU